GUCUAUCAAAAUAAUUCUUUUUGGUGUUAUGGCAACAGAUGGGUAAUACCAAUUGGACCAGUGCAUCCCAUUUUGUUCUCUUGGGCAUUUCUACCCAUCCAGAAGAGCAGAUCCCACUCUUCCUUCUUUUUCUACUCAUGUAUGCAAAUCAACAUUUCUGGAAACUUUGCCAUCAUCACACUGAUUAUCUCUACUCCAUGCCUCCACACCCCUAUGUACAUCUUCCUCAGGUAACUUGGCUUUGGCAGAUAUCUGCUUCACCUCCACCAUGGUCCCCAAGAUGUUGCAGAACAUUUUCUCUCCUACAAGGGCCAUUUCCUACAUUGGCUGUUUAGCCCAGACUUAUUUCUUCAUUUACUUUGCAGCCGUGGAAAACUUCCCCUUGGCUGUGAUGGCCUAUGACAGAUAUAUCGCCAUCUGCCACCCUUUCCACUAUCCUAUGAUCCUGACGAGAAUGCUGUGUUCACAGAUGGUGGCUGUAUGCCAUAUCCUCUCCCAUCUUCAUGCCCUGCUGCAUACCUUUCUCAUGGGCCGACUGAUCUUCUGUGCAGAUAACAGGAUCCCUCACUUCUUCUGUGACAUCUACCCUCUGAUGAAGCUCUCCUGCUCCAGCACUCACCUCAACACACUGAUGAUUCACACAGAAGGUGCCAUUGUCAUCAAUGGAGCCCUGGCCUUCAUCAUUGUCUCCUAUGCCUGCAUCAUCUCAGUGGUCCUCCGGAACCCUUCAGCCAAGAGCAAGUGGAGAGUCUUUUCUACCUGUGGCUCCCACCUCACUGUGGUGGCCAUAUUCUAUGGCACCCUCACAUGGGUCUACUUCCGACCGCUUUCCAGCUAUUCAGUGACCAAAGGUCGCAUCCUGACAGUCAUAUACACAGUAUUGACCCCCAUGCUGAACCCCUUCAUUUAUAGCCUGAGAAGUGGGGUUGUCAAGGGAGCCUUCAGGAAAUGGAUCAGCAGAAUACGAACUUCUUUCUUUUUAUAAAACCCCAAAACACAGUUCCAAGUUUUACCUGUGAUUCUGGGGAAACUAUUUUGUCCUGCA